AUGAAGUUCCUCGCCUUGACAGCAACCAUAUUGGCCGCGACCAAGUCUGUGUGGAACCGUGGGAGCCCGUUUGCCGUACUGUCAGCUUUGUGGGCAACUAACCAGGAGGGCAAGUACAUCAUCGAGUCCAAAGGUAUUCGGUUAGCCUUCACCAAUCAUGGUGCGGCUGUAACCAAUCUAUGGAUUAAUGAUACGCGUGGAGAAGAAAUCGACAUUGUCUUGGGUCUUGAUAAUGGCGAUGACUAUGCCAAGCUCACAUCCAAUCCAUACCUGAACGGCGUUAUAGGACGUUACGCCGGCUACUUGAGCAACUCCAGCUACGAAGUCAACAAUGUCCAGCGCAAAGUCUGGCCCAACGCACACAACGGCACCUCGACCUUCAACGGCGGCGACGAAGGUUGGGGACGACAGACGUGGGACGUCGCUGUGCACAUCAACAACAGCAUUACAUUCCUGCUUUUCGACCGCCAGUGGAACGGCUUCCCGGGUGUCUUCGCGUCAUGUCUCACCCACACCGUCACGCCCUACGAGUGGCGCAUCGCUUUCGGCGUCACUCCCCUGCUCGUCGCCGGGCCCAUCAACCUGAGCCAGCAGGUGUUUUUCAACCUUGAUGGCUUCCGCUCUUAUCCAACAUCUACUUCCACGAUGUUCCGGGGGGCAAACGACAAUACGUCGUCAAUGCAGGCCCAGAAACUACCCAGCCACAGACUUCACCUGCCUUCGUCGGGAAUGCGGUUUGCGAUUGACUCGCGGGGAAUCCCUACGGGUGAUCUCCUGAGCAAUAGAAAAGGGGGCGAACAUGACUUUUGGUCAUCCACAAGGACGGCACUGGAUGGAUGGCAUGCAUUGGAUAGCAUUUUUUCCAUUUCCCAUAUGCAUCCCGAGAACAAGAUGACCAACCCUGUCGCCAUUCUCUCAUCGACGAAUUCCGGAAUCAGCAUGUCGCUCUACACGGACCAGGACGCAUUGCGCGUGCAUACAUGGGGCGGGAGCAAUGAAGUGAAGAAACUGAAACUGGGCCAAGGCGGGGGCGAGAUACCACAACACGCCGCGAUAUCCCUCGAGAUGCAGAAUUGGCCCGAUAGUGUCAAUCAUCCUGAGUGGCAAAACAGGAAGACGGUUUGGGGUGCGGAUGGGUUAUAUACUAGCUUUGCGACGUUUAAGUUCUCAGUUCAGGGGAAAAACUAG